GAAAAACGGUUUCUGUUCGAUUCAAAUUUCAAACGCGACGGUUCACCCGAGAAAGAGAACGCUCAAGAAACUAUGAGUUUGGCGCUACGCGAAGAAUUCGAAAUAUUCAAUCGUACAAGAUAUACAGCAAUCGUAGCUCAAAGUUUUUUAAAUUGAAUCGCGCCGCAUUUUGUUUUUCGUGCAAUAACGGCAAUCAAAGCCAAUUGGAGAAGUAACGGAAAUCUGGCCGGCGUACUUAAUUCCGGUGCAUGUGUGCGUUUUUCUGCAUUUAAUUCAUCAAUUUAAAUUCCUGGCCCCACACAUGUGUGCGUGCGUAUGUGUGUCCGUCUGAUUGUGCAAGUGUGUGAGCACAAAUGCCGCCGCCAAAAAUAAUUUGAUCAUUUCGAGAAAAUCUCACAUCGGCUGUAACAACAACAAAAAAACCAAACACAACAGAAAAAACCCACUAAAAUCGCUUUUUUCUAGCGGUUGAUCCGAAAGGCUAGAAAUUUCGCCAGAGUUUAUUUUUGCUCCACAAGGGCAGGUGUACGGGGUGCUUGUAGAAUUUUGACCGAAAACUGAAUAACGGAAGUGGGGGAAAAUCUGUUUAUAGCUUUUCCACCACACGAUAAAGUGUAGACUUUGCUCCGAAGACUGAAAUACGGAAAUAGAAGCGCGAUAUCGGAGCGAAAAUUCCCCUGCUGAGAUGUAGAUUUCUAAAAUAAAACUAAAACAAAAAAAAUAGUGGAAAUGCUGUAAUGCGUGUAGACUUUUAUGCUAUAUGAAACAUGUGUAGACUUUUUCCGAAAUCAGAAAUCCAAUGCCUUAGUCAUUCAGAGACUAAAAUCUUGAAUUCCUCGUGAUUUUUUUUGGCGCAUUAAAAACGAAAUAGAAACAGAAUAAGAAAAACUAAAAGCAGAUAAAAAAGCCCUAUAAGUUUUAAACCAAAUGUUCACCAGAAAAGUUAAAACAAAUUCACAUCAAAUCGUUACGUUCGGUCUUAAGUUUUAAAACUGAAAAGUAGAAAAGCCAAAAUCAAAGAAUUAAAUAACAAAAACUUCACUUGCGUCUCGAUUGUGUUUAGUGUAGUUUCGAAACAGAAAAACCGAAUUCCUGGGUUUAGCGUAGAUUUUGAAAACAGAAAAGCAGAAAGAAAAACUAAAGUCCGAACGAACGGCGUUUGUUUUUCCACCGCUAAUGAGCUUGGUGGCAAGUUAUAUAUUCUGAUUCGGUUUCUUGUUGGCCUACUAAAAGAAACUGGCCCACACGAACACUCGAACUCUCACACAUACUCACGCACCAUGUCUCAGGCGGCGAAAGGUUUCUCAACCGAUCUGUUUCUCAUGUCUCUUUCUGGCCCAUUCUGGUUUUUUAGGUCUCCACCGCCGUCUACUCGUGGUCAAAUCGAAAGCACCGUCAUCGUUAGAGAGCGCAAAAAAACAACAACAAAAAACUAAGCAAAGCAAAAGCAAAAAGAAAUAAAAAAAAAAGCUAACCGUAUAAACAAAAGUACAAUUCGUGGGUGUUUCGUGUGAAAAACUGGCGCUAAAAUCCGCUAUAAAAGGGCUAAUUACAAAAUUAUAAAUAACCGCUAAAUUCGAAUAAAAGAAACUAACACAGAAUGAGUUCUAACCGAAGGAGACGAGGCAGCUUUUCCGGCGCAAGGAGCGUCGGUGUGAAGGAAAAAUUCAGUGCAACUGCGCCAGCAGCAGCUGCAAUUCCACAAUCCAAAGAGCAACUUUCUCUGCCGGCCGAUGAGGAUUUACUGGAAAUGCCACGCAUAUGCCGCUGCUGUUGCAAACGGGAUUUGGAAUUACUCGGCUUAUUCGAGGCAAGCCAACCGACUUUGGCCGACACAUCAGUGGCAGUGGCAGGAGCAGCAUCACAAGCAACAAUAUCAUCAUCAGCAUCGAACAAAUCAUCGGGAACAUCAGCAAAAACAUGUGCGACAGAAACUCCAGGGACAUCAACAUUGUCUGCAAAUCCCGUAAAUCCCGGGUCUAUGGCAACAUCAUCUCCAGCAGCAGCAGAAGAAGAAGCAGCAGCAGAAGCAGUAGCAGCCACAUCGUCCGCAUUGCUGACCACACCCACUCCCAUGAGGAGCCGCACCACACUUACCACCACCACCACCAUCACCACCUCCAACAGCAGCAACAACAGCAACAGCAACAACCCAAACACCACACCCAAAUAUCCUCGUGGGCGAAGCAGCGAUAAUGCCGUCGACUACACACUCAGUGGGACUCACAGCAGCAUGGACAUUGUCCUCGAGGAGAUGACCAUUUGGAUGCUCAAUAUAAAUCGCGACGAUGGACUGCCGCAAGAAAUCUGCCGGCAGUGCAUGGCCCAGUUUUUGAUGGUGGCCAAGUUCCGGCGGAAAUGUGUACGGAUGCAGCACCGCCUGCAGGACUUUGCCCAGGAGAUAUCCGACCGUCAGGCGGCCAGACAAGCCAGGCGUCAGCAAAAAGUGCAUAAGGAGCGUUCCGAUAGCAGGCAGGAGGCAGCCACCAAGAAGGAUCCCUUGCAGGAGUCGCACUCGCAGUCAAAGUCACAACUACAAUCACACACGGAGCGCAAACGUCGCAUGGUUUCAGAAUCGGACGGAGGUAGUGAAGCAACAGCAGGAGCAACAGUCGGAGUGCCAGUGAAACAAUUGCGAACGGAAUCGGAGUCGGAGGUUCUGUCGCCGCCAAAGUCGAAAGAUAGCCAUCCACAGCUCCGUCUGCGCAAACUUCGCACCUUCUCCAUUGGCUGUGAAAUGGAGCGUCCCGCCUCCAUCGAUUCGAGCAGCAUGCCCUGGCGCACGAAGGCCGCCCGGAAGCAGCUGUCCGAGACGUGGUCCGCCAGCUGCUCCCCGGUCCUCUCCUUGCCAAGUGGCAAGCGGGCCAGCACAAGCAGCAGCAGCACCACCAGUAGUGAGCACAUGAGCGACCUGUCCGUGGGUCCAUGCUGUGGCUUCGCGAGCGACAGCAAUCCCUCGUCAACUUCCGCUACCUCCAAGUCUCCACAAUCGAAAUGUAGUGCAAAGAAAUCCCCAUCGCCCGUGAAUGUUUUCAUUCCGCGAAGGGGUCGCCGUCCGAGGAAUGCGCCGAUUUACAUCCCGGCCAAGAGACAGAGGCGAUCGCUGGGCAGGAAGGCGAAGGUGACAGGUGGUGAGCCACCACUCACCGAAGAGAACAAAAAGUCUGAUCAAAAUGAUAUCUUUCCGCCGGAACGAAGGGUUGAAACAACCAGUGCCGCAUCUUGUGAUGAGGCAAUCGAUAGCACUUCAGAUGUGCCAAAGGCAGCCGCCUUCUUGAACGGGGUCCAAAGCGAAUGUGAUGCGGUUAACUCAAACUAUGAGAUGAAACCCUCUGAACAGAUGGAAGUCACCUUGAAUGGUUUGACAGGUGAUGAACAUAUAGCAGGCGUGGAAGAACUGCAAAAACCAGAUCCAAAUGAGGACCCAUUAUCCGCCAAAAAGUUACAGGAGAAGCUGGCAGCAAUCCGUGAGAUAGAAACAACAAUUGCACAGGAAAUUGCCGCUACUAUCGAGUCUGUUUCGAAUGGAAUUGAAUCUGUAUCCGAUCUCUUACAGUCCGGUGAACUGACCUCCUCCACAGAAACCAUUAAACCACAACCGGAAUCGGUUGAGCUGCUGGAGAAUGUGGGUCAGCUGGAACCUGUGAAGCCACUUGAAACCGCAGAAAAUCAAGUACCUGUUGAGCAAGAGCAAGUUGUGGAUCGGCUGGAAUUGGAUGACCAGCCGGAGAUCAUUGUGAGCAUUCCACUGGAGGUGCUCAACGAGGAUCUGCAGCGUCGCCUUUGCGUCGAUCCAGAAAGUGAGGAGUUGCCGAAGGCUCUGCUCCCCUUGCAGUCCGAUGAUGUUAACAACAAUGAGAACGAUGAAAAUUUUUGCCAGAGUGCUACAGCAGAUAGCUUCAAUUCUGCUGUGGCACUCCGAACCAACCAAAUUGAAGCACCCCCAACGGGGAAUCCAAAAUUCGAAGAUGAGGGGAGUACAACAAGUGGCGGGGAAACGGAUACGGAUGAGGUGCAGAUGGCGAGGAGUGGACCCACGCCCAUGGACUUUAUGGCCGAGUUCACCAAACACUGUGCCAAUGGCAUUGAGACACUGAAGGCCACCACUCCGGCGCCAUCGCCAACGCCCUCGGAACUGCCGCUGGCCCUCAACGAUCUGGAGGCCAAGCAGAAGCUGGAGGUGGAGAUGAACGAUGUGGAGACGACCCUCAAUGGCAUCCUCAACGAGAUGCAGGACCAGCACAUGUACACGCCGACUUGUGCCCACAUUGAUGAGUUCCUCACGCCCGCCGAUUAUGCUCCCAUGACCGAACAGGAGAACUCCGUCACCUCGCCACCCAAUCCGUUCGAGCAGAGUCCAGUGGCCGAACCGGAGGCCAAGCCCAAUGCAUCCGACGAUCCCUUCGAUAACAGCAACUUUAGCAGCGAGAUGAUUGGAUUCCAGAACGACAUACCCUGCUUUGAGAACAUCGAGACCACCACGGAAGCGGGACAGACCUUGCACCUAGAACUUACCCAAUUCUUGAGGGAUUUGCAGCCCCAACAGACUAACCAUUCGCAGGAGGAACAGAGCGCUGUUAACCAAGGGGAGAACCAGGAAAUCACUCAAGAAGAGUGUGAGAUUCAAACGCAAAAUGGGGAACAUUCGCCCACUGAUUCGUGUGCUCAAACUCCCAUAUCUUCGCCGCAAGUCCAGCCGCAAAUCGAAAUUCAAAUGGAACCCGAAGUGGAGAACGCCAUGCAACACGAAAUUCUCACCGUCGAAAUUCCACAAAGUCAACCCGAAGUACAAUCGCAUGAGCAGAAUCAGCUGCAAUUGCAAAUUCCACAUCAAAUACAGCCGCAGAUUCAGAACCAAAACCAAGAGCACACCAUACAGAUUCUGCCCCAAGGCCAGUCUCAUCCACAGAUGCAACUCCAGUCGCAGAUCGUUCCACAUGUCCAGACGCAGGGAACAACGACAACGGUUACCUACGAGCAAAUCUACCAGCAACACAUUGUCCAGAAAACGGUUCAGCAAUCCUCCUCCUCCAACAAAAUGCAACUUAUUUCGCUGCCAACUGGUUCGGAAACGCGACAGUGGCAGCGGCAGCAUACGCAACAGCAUCAGCAGCAGCAGCAACUGCAGUGGUCAUCGGUGGGCGGUCUGGAGGCCAUUAAGAGUGCGCCCAACGAGAGUGGGACUCCCACUACCACCACUUACUACAUCAGUGCCGGCGAUCUGUAUCCGCAGCAGAGCACCGAGACGUACAUGCUGCAGCCAGCCGGCAACGAGAGCUACAUGCUGGAGCAGGUGAGCCACCAGCAGCAGCAGAAGAUCCAGCAGCAGCAACAGCAGCAGAAGAUCCAGCAGGCCCAGCAGCAGCAUCAGCAGGCGCAGCAGCAACCGAUUAUGAUUCUAAUCCAGCAGCCAGAGAUGCGUCAGCCGAUGGCCUCGGCCAGCAAUCCGCGGCAGGCACCGUUACACAUUUACGGUGCUCCGAUCAGCAACGACCUACAUCAUCUGCAGCGCCAACAGGUUCGCCAGCAGUACCAGCGGCAACAGUAUCAGCAGCAGCAGCAGCAACAACAGCAGCAGCAACAACAGCAGCAACAGCAGCAACAACAUCGUCUUGUACAAAGCCAUCCAGUAUUGGGAAUGCCGGGAGCCACAUCGAUAUCGACCAAGGUGACCCCGAUUCCCGCCACCACGCCCAAGGGUCGGGCGCUGACGCUCAAGUGCCGCUUCUGCCACAACGGACCGCGCUUCUCGAGCAGCUUCGAGUACAGCCGUCACAUCAUCGAACUCCAUCCGGCGGUGGCGCCCUUCAACUGUCCGCACUGUCCGCUGGCCUUCGCCAGCAGGAGCAAGCGCUCGCAGCACAUCCUUAGCCACCACGUGGUGCAGCAGUACCAGUGCGGCCAGUGCACCCAGGUGUUCCCAGCCCAGAAGGCGCUCGACAUGCACAUCCAACGCUACCACAUGCCGUUGCCUUGCGAGGGGAAGGCCGCUGCGGGAGGUGUCCGCGUGGAGGAGGUGCAGCUGCAGAUCACCAGCGAACGGAAGCAGCGACCCAGGCAGUACAGGCCGCGGUUGCAGCAGCAGCAGCAUCAGUUGCAGCCACUGCAGCAGCAAAAGGUGCAGCAGCAGCACCAGCUACAAGCUCAGCAGCAGCAACAAGCGGCAGUGCAGCAGCAGCAGCAACAAAUGCAGCAGCAGCAGCAACAAAUGCAGCAGCAGCAGCAACAACAGGAACAGCAGCAACAUGUGAUGCAAGCGCAACCACAACAACAGCAACCGCCACAAUCACCGCAUCCAUCAACCAUGGAAAUCCAAGCCGGACCAACGACGCCACGAAAGAUCCUCUGCUGUCCGGAUUGCGAAGAUUGCACAUCCGGUCACAGCCACGCCACCGGGCAAUUCGAAGAGCUGCAGACACCGCCGCUGCAGGCGGCACCACCGCCAACGGUGCUCACACCGCCGUCGACAAUUGUCUCCGCCCCGUCGCCGCAGCCCGCGAUGUUCUCCAGCCAGCACAUAACAAUGCCGUCGCCGGAACAAUCCGAGCCAGAUUCCACGACCACGUUGCGACAGUACCGCAAACGUGGCGUGAUCGUUGGGCCGCAGGGUCCGCUGCAUUUGGCCACCCCGGUGGCCUCGCCGUCCCCCUCCUCGUCGCCGUCAUCUUCGACGGUGGAUCAUGCUCCGCCAGCCUCACCAGCUACGCCCGCUUCGCCGGCGCCGCCGCCAUCGCCCGCACCACCCACGGCGGCCGCGACGAGCCACCAGUGUCUGUACUGCGAGGAGCGGUUCACCAACGAGAUUGCGCUGAAGAAGCACCAUCAGCUGGCCCACGGAGCCCAGACGACGAUGCCGUUCGUGUGCAGCAUCUGCAAGCGUGGCUAUCGCAUGCGAACGGCUCUGCACCGGCACAUGGAGUCGCACGACGUGGAGGGCCGGCCGUACGAGUGCAACAUUUGUCGCGUCCGCUUCCCGCGACCCUCGCAGCUCACCCUGCACAAGAUCACGGUGCACCUGCUCUCCAAGCCGCACACCUGCGACGAGUGCGGCAAGCAGUUUGGAACGGAAAGCGCCCUCAAGACGCACAUUAAAUUCCAUGGCGAGCUCGGUUACCAGUGUGACGGGUGCGAUCGGACAUUCGAGUAUCUGAAAGAAUUGCGCAAACAUCGACGCACCCACAGCGAGAUGUUUUACAAAUGCAAGUUUUGCUCAAGCUCCUAUAUGCAUUUCACGACUUUUCGGGCUCAUGUCAACUCCCAUUUGCCACUGGGCGUGUUUCUCAACGAGGAAUCAGCCUCGAAGUCACCCAGCAACCACAGUAACAACAAUAACAUACCCAGCAGCGAUAAGCUGGAGAAUCCACCCACGCCCAUCGAAGAGACGCCUUUGACGCCGAUGAGCAGCGGCGGACACGUGUACAACAGCCCAGAUGAAUACCCCAACUCGGUGGAGAGCUGUGCUGGCAACAGCCUGGCUUUGGAAACCAUCGCCACAACGCCAUAACCCACGGGGCCGAAAUACUAUUACCUAGUAUACAACACUUUAGUUAUAAGCGAUGAUCACCAGCAACCUAGCCAAAUAACAACGGCGCCUUCCUACACUAUCGCCACUUUCGCUGGCGAAUAGCUUCCAUUCUUCUCAUCGGAGCCAACCAACAAACUAAUUGUAAUCGACAAGAACCAGCAGACUGCAUUGAAUGCAAUCGAAUAUUGCACUUAAAAUACACCUAGCGACUAGGCCAAGGAUACACUCCCUCUGAAACAAACCAAUCUUAAGGCUACACAUAAUUAGAUUGUAAGCUAGCUAGAAUCUAGACAUUCAUGCAAUGAAACCAAUUCAAAACAAAACAACUGAGCAAAGGUUAGCUUUAACCAUAGACAUACACAAUGCUGAUUUCCGUUCCCAGUUAGACAUAUUUCCUUGAUGAGCGUUUAAUUAAAAAGCGAACAGAACGGUUCGUUAGCAACUAAGAACCUAGGAUUAAAACAAUGUACCAACGGAACUAAAUCCUUUAGCUAUAAACAUUUUGGUAUAAAUAAAUAUACAUAUAUUUAAACAUACAGAUGAGAUGUGAAAGUCAGCUCAAAUCGAUUUUAGUUCCAUUUUGUUGCACGUCGUUUUAUUGGAACGAAACCAGGCAGUUGAUUAGCCUAUACAAAUAUUUCCUUUUAUUUAUAAAUUAUGUAAUAAACAAAUUAUGCUCUUCAUGCAAUCCAACGAUAACAAA